GCCAGGGGCGCAUUCCACUCCAGUCAUGGCGGCCCCCCGACUCGCCGCGGGCCGCGAGGCUCUGGAAACGUGCAGCUUGGAGAGCAUUCUGGAGGCGCUGAAGCUGCUGCUGAGCCCGGGAGGAUCGGAUUCUGGUUCACUACUCAUCACAAAACAUGAUGUCCUGUUGGCUACUUUAAACUCUAACCUGUCUGCUUUGGAGGACAAAUUGCUGAAGGAUCCUCACUGGAAAAAACUGAAACUCCUAAGGGAUGAAAUGGCUAAUAAGGCAGAAAGUCCCCAAAACUCUGUGGAUGUCACCUGGAAUUUUACCUCUCAAACCUUAUUGUUGCUCUUGUGCUUGAAGGAAACCAUGAUCAACCUUGCAGCCAAUUUCAACCCGGGUAAACCCAACCCGAGGACUCCAGAAGCUGCUCCUGCCCUGAGCCCGGAUACACUUAGUAUUUCACAGCAGAAGACUGUCCAGUCAGCCUUGCAGUUUGUAGUCACCUUGGGUGUCUGCCCCUAUCUCAUGCCUGGAGUUGGAGUCCCUUUGAGAUGCAGAACUGAGUUUGGGGCCGUUGUUCAGGAUGUGGUAUGUCUCGAUGCUCCUCCUCAUGCAGCCCGGAGACUGUACACCAGCUGCAAGCUUCUUCUAAAUGUUGCACAUCACACAUCUCUGGGGAGCUUGAUUUUCAGCCGUCAUUUUGGGGAUGUUGCUGCCGGUCUGUGCCAGCUCGGAUUCUGCCCAAACAAAGGAAGGUCACAAAAACCUGAGGAAGAGGUUUUAACAGAAGAGGAAAGAACCCUAUCUAGGGAGGCCUUGAGAGACAUCUUGGAUCAAGCAUAUCAACCAUUAGCAGUCCGAGAAUUACUCAUUCUCCAGGGAGGACCACCCCAGUCCUGCAUGGAUGAGAAGACACAAGUUAGGUGUCGGGCCCCUGCCUGGCUUCGGCGUCUAUGUGGACAGCUGCUCUCUGAAAGGUUGAUGAGACCCAGUGGUGUUCAGGCAGUAGUCCGGGGCAUUUUGGAAGGAGCAGGUGCUGGGGUCGCUGGUGGGAGUGACGCUGAGGCAGCGGCUGCUGAUUGGAAGAAGUGUGACUUGAUUGCAAAGAUUUUGGCCUCUUGUCCCCAGCAGUCUCUUUCACCAGAGGAUUACUACAGGGAUAUCUGCCCCCAGAUUCUAGAUUUAUUUCACUUUCAAGAUAAAUUGACAGUACGACAGUUUCAAAGAGUUGCCACCACUACUUUUAUAACGAUGUCAAGAGAACGCCCACAAUUGGCUUCAAGAUAUUUGCUUCAGCCACUGCUAACUCCUCUCCAUCGAUGUUUAAAUACAGCAGAGAUUCCAGAGAGUGACAUGGUGCCAGGGAUCAUUUUGGUGACAGAAGAAGAACUUAAUAGAUGUAUUGAGGAUGUAUAUAAGGUAUACGUGGUCGGGAAUGACCCUGUGACAGUUUUAGUGGAUUCCCUGCUUCCAGUCCUGGGAGUGCUCUUUUCUCUCUACACUUUUACCAAGCAAAGUGUGUCUCACAUAAGGUCACUUUGCCAAGAGAUCUUAUUAUGGAUUCUGGGGAAGCUAGAGAGGAAGAAGGCAAUUGCCAGCCUGAAAGGAUUUGCAGGAUUGGACAAAUCUGCGUCCUCCCUUCAUUCUUUGUGUCAACUUAGAGCUGCCACUCAAGGUGGCAUAAUAGUUACCAUCAAAGAGGCCAUUUGUGAUGAAGAUGAAGAUGAAGCCCUGUACCAGAAGGUGUCCUCAGAGCAAUGUCGGGUAGAGCAUCUCGGGGACUUGUUAUCCCACUGCCAAGAGUGUGGUUUGGCAGGUGACUUCUUCAUCUUCUGCUUGAAGGAGUUGACGCAUAUGGCCAUGGAAGAUGAAGCAGAGUUAAAAACAAAGCCCUUCUCCUGCAAAAGCCUCUUGGAGUUAGAGCAGCACCAAACUCUUGUGGAAGGCCAGGAGCAGAAGGUGCUCAUCCUACAUCUCUUGGCUGUUCUGUGCGAGAGGAUGUCUGAGCAGAUUUUCACAAACAUCACUCAGGUUGUGGACUUUGUAGCAGCAACACUGCAGCGAGCAUGUGCAAGUGUGGCCCACCAGGCAGAGAAUCCUGUGGAGUCGCAGACACUGAGCAUGUCCAUGGGGCUGGUGGCUGUCAUGCUGGGAGGAGCUGUUCAGUUGAAGUCAUGUGAUUUUGCUGUCCUGAAGCAGUUGCUGCCUUUAUUGGAGAAAGUCUCCAAGGUGCACCCUGACCCUGUCAUCCAGGAGCUUGCUGUCGAUCUUCGCAUCACCAUCUCUACCCAUGGAGCCUUCUCCACUGAGGCUGUCAGUGAGGCUGCCCAAAGUACCCUGAACAAAAAGGAUGCAGAAGGAAAAAUAGAAGAGCAGCAGCAAACCAGUCAAAGUUAUGCUGAUGAGUCUCACCUCAAACAACAGCAAAGCCAUGAGAAAUCCAAAGAAACAACCCUGAAGUCUCCUACUCCACUCAUUCCUCAAGAGGUUAGUGAGCCCAGAAUGACUACGAACCAGAAAUCUGGAAGCAUCACCACAGACCAGCUCCAGGAGGUUCUUUUAUCAGCUUAUGAUCCUCAAAUUCCAACCCGGGCUGCUGCUCUGCGAACUCUUUCCUGCUGGAUAGAGCAGAAAGAAGCAAAAGUCCUUGAGAUGCAAGAGAAGCUUCUCAAGAUAUUCUUGGAGAACUUGGAGCAUGAAGAUACCUUCGUAUAUCUGUCUGCUAUUCAGGGGGUUGCCCUACUCUCAGAUGCAUACCCUGAGAAAAUCUUGCUUGGCCUAUUGGCUCAGUAUGACAGUGAUAAAGACAAGCACACACCGGAGACCAGAAUGAAAGUUGGAGAAGUCCUGAUGCGAAUUGUCAGAGCAUUAGGGGACAUGGUCUCAAAAUACAGAGAACCUUUGAUCCACACCUUCCUGAGGGGAGCAAGAGAUCCAGAUAGUGCUCACAGGGCCAGCAGCUUAUCGAACCUUGGAGAACUAUGCCAGAGGCUGGACUUCCUGCUGGGCUCUGUGAUUCAUGAGGUAACAGAUUGCCUGAUUGCGGUGGCUAAAACAGACUCUGAAGUUCAAGUGCGCAGAGCUGCCAUCCAUGUGAUUGUGCUGCUGCUUCGGGGCCUCAGCCAGAAAGCUACUGAGGUGCUGAGGGAUGUCCUCAAGGAUCUCUACCACCUGCUGAAACACGUGGUACGUUUGGAGCCUGAUGACGUGGCCAGGCUCCAUGCCCAGCUGGCCCUUGAAGAGCUGGAUGAGAUUAUGAGAAAUUUCCUCUUCCCACCACAGAAGCUGGAGAAAAAGAUUGUGGUCCUGCCAUAGACCUGGUUCAAAGGCCAUCAAGGAGGCAGAGGACCAGCAGGCAGAGCGAUGCCCAAACCUUCCAGCAGGUGGCUCCACCGCCUCUUGGGUGCUGGCAAUGUGGCUGACCCUGGAUGGCUUUGGGUCUCUGGUCACUUGUGUCUUCAGGCUGACCUUCCUAAACCAUCUAUUUAGCCAUCCUGCGUCCAGCCUGAAGCUUAUGUUAUUAGAAGAAAAAAGAUGACAAAUCUCACUUAUCUGCACAUUUUUCACUGUCCUGUAGCAUUUAGAGAAGGAAGUCUACUUGAUGGGAGUAUAUUUUUUAACUCAGCUGGUAGAAUUUGACUAAUUGACCGUUCUUUUAUUGUGACUUGAGCUGAAGAGGUUGACCACCCUCCUGCGUGGCACAUGUGCACAUACCUUCCAUGGUGAGAUGAUUCUUCCUUGUGCUAAUGAGCAGACAGAGCUGGUCAUCCUUGGCCCCUCAUGAGGCAUAUCAGAGUACGGAGAUGCAUCUGGAGGGGAGGAAGGGGAAGCAAACUUACCAGAACAUGCAAAAUGGAAUAAAAUCAUUUUGGCUAGAAAGAAUAACGCUCUGAAUCUGGUCUUCUCCUAUUGAGAUGGAAAGCUGUGGCAUUGAGGAGGAUUUGAUCUCUGGAAAAGAGAGUCAAGCUGGUUGAAUCUUCCAGAGAUGAAGGGAAGGUUCUGCUGUCUCGGUUUUAGGGAGCACCCUCUACAGCGAACAGCCCUCCGCGUGCCGCAGUCUGGGGGAGCU